AUGACAAUGUCUGGAGAUGGUCCUGCGGGGGCCUCUCAAGUUGCACUUGUGACUGGUGGCUACGAUCACACCAUCAAGCUCUGGCAGGCUCAUAGCGGUGUUUGUUUACGUACUAUGCAACAUCCAGACUCGCAAGUAAAUGAUUUAGAAAUUAACCCUAGCGGGCAAAUGGUUGCAGCAUGUGGGUACCAGCAUAUUCGGAUGUAUGAUUUAGCUAGUGCCAACCCUGAUCCAAUCAUUAACUUUGAUGGUGUCACUAAGAAUGUCUCACGUGUUGGCUUUCAGGAAAAUGGUCAGUGGAUGUAUACUGGUGGAGAAGACUGCACUGCCAGAAUUUGGGAUUUAAGAGCAGGAAGACAAUUUCAAUGUCAGCGGAUAUUUCAAGUGCCGGCCCCAGUAAAUGCAGUUGUGUUGCACCCAGACCAAUCGCAGAUUAUGGUAGGAGGUCAGAGCGGAAUUAUUCACAUCUGGGACUUGAAGACUGAUCACAAUGAACAACUUAUACCUGAAGCUGAGGCCUCUAUCCAAGAUAUAGCAAUAGACCCAGAAGGUAAAUUAAUGGCGUGUGUCAAUAAUAAAGGAAAUUGUUAUAUUUGGUCUUUGGGUGGGUCACCGCCUCGGCCUGUUCCAAAGAAACAUAUACAGGCUCAUAGCAAGUACGCGUUGAGAUGUAACUUCAGUUUGGAUUCUACUAUGUUAGUAACGACAUCUGGCGACUGUUCCGCGAAAGUGUGGAAUACAAAAGACUGGACCCUAAAACGCGAAUUGAGACACGACACACAGCGCUGGGUGUGGGAUGCCGCCUUCACCAUCGACUCUAGAUAUCUCUUCACAGGUUCAUCGGACAGUUACGCACGUCUGUGGGAUUUGGAGAAAGGGACUUUAGAACGCGAAUAUUGCGGACAUCAGAAACCUAUCACAGCCCUAGCUUUCCGUGACCAAGCCGUAUAG